GUCGCAAGUUUUCCAAAAUUAAAUUAUUGUCUACAAACAUAUUAUAUAGACAAGAUUUAAUCAAUAAAACACAAUAAACCUUAAUAUAAUGAAAUUAUGUUGCUUACAACUUGAAAAUGGCAGUCCGAUGAUUAAAAUGAAGAAGAAAUAAGCCUUUCAAAAUGAUAAUUUACAAAUACAACUCUAAGUAAAUAUAUCAUAUUUUAAUUGUUUAAAACUAUUGAAUAUAAUGGCUACAAAUUCUGAAUACACUAAAGAAAAUAAAAAGCAACCAGUGUGCUUGAUAAUUCUUGGCAUGGCUGGUAGUGGAAAAACUUCGUUGGUUACCAGAUUAACUAGUAGUGAAGAUAAACCUUAUGUAGUAAAUUUGGAUCCAGCCUGCAUUAAUCUACCGUAUUUCGCAAACAUAGAUAUUAGAGACACAGUAAACUAUAAAGAAGUAAUGAAACAGUAUAAUCUCGGUCCCAAUGGAGCCAUUGUUACUUCAUUAAAUCUAUUUUCCACUAAAUUUCCCGAGGUUAUUGAUUUUAUACAAAAAUCACAGUAUAAACACUGUGUAAUAGAUACCCCCGGUCAAAUAGAAGUUUUCACGUGGUCUGUAUCAGGUUCCAUUAUAACAGAAACAUUAGCUUCUUCCUUUCCUACGGUCAUAUUAUAUGUAGUAGAUUGUGUUAGAAGUACAUCACCAGUUACAUUCAUGUCAAAUAUGUUAUAUGCUUGUUCAAUUUUAUACAAAACUAGAUUACCUUUUAUUGUAGUUAUGAAUAAAAUAGAUAUAGUAGAUCAUUCGUACGCUAAAGAUUGGAUGACUGAUUUUGAAGUGUUUCAAGAAGCUUUGGAAUCAGAUGAAAGUUAUAUUAGUAACUUAACAAGGUCAAUGGCUCUAGCGCUAGAUGAAUUCUAUCAAAACCUGAAGGUGUGCGGUGUUAGUGCUGCUACAGGACAAGGACUGGAAGAUUUAAACAAGCUUAUCGAAGAUGCUGCUGAGGAAUAUGAAAAUGAGUACCGUGUUGAGUGGGAAAAAAUUAGAGCAGAAGCUGAAGCAAAAAAAGCAGAACGAUUAAAAUCAGAAAAUGAUAAGAAAGAAAGCACAGGAGAACUAAUUUCUGAUAUUUCCAGUGGUACAAAUUUAUCUGAUAUUUAUCUGAGACAUUCUACUAAUGACAGUAGUUCUGACUCCGAAGGAGAAGAAGCACCUUUUGAAAAUAGUCAGAAAGAAGAAGAGGCAGAAACAUUCCAAAAAGUCUUACAACAACAACGCGAAAUGCAAAUCAAAAGAGCAAAAGAAGCUGAAGCUAAGAAACAUCAGAAUAUCAUUUAGUUCCCCAAUUUUAUUACACAAUUUGUUUUCAGUUAAUCAUAUGAUUUUUUUUAAUUUAAAUAGAAUUAAUUGAGUUUCAUUCACAUAUACUAUGUAAUUAAAUGUUUAUUAUCGCUUUCAAAA